CUUACUUUCCAAGAAAUCUAACAGAAUUUUUGCUAUAUAAGACGUGACAUUAUAGAAAAUUUUAAACUUAAGUUUUGAAGUUAUUAUUUAAUUCUUAAAAUAGUGAAUAAUGAAUACCUUAUUACUAUUAAAGUUAUUAUCAAUACUUGUCGUUUCUUCAAUAGCAAAGCAGAGGAUUCAAUGGAAUUCAUACGUUACUACAAGAAUCGCAAAACCAUUGAUUCGAGAAUUUUCGGAUCCCUGGACGAAAAAUCUCAUUCAAAAUCAAUUCUAUCAUUACAAAACUCAUUUUGGAAUAAUUAUUAAAGAAGGAUCGAAAAUAAGUUUGUCAGUGGAGGCAGCCUCGACAAUAGAAAACUUAUUUUUCUAUUGUCUUGCUGAUGCACCUGAUGGUUCAUUCAACAUAUUGGAUCUUGCUGGGAAAUCGAAUUUUAGUAAAUCCUAUACAGCAUACUAUGAUUGUGUGCCUAUGAUGUCAGUUUCUAACAAUGUGCCAGUAACGAUAAGAAUUAAAACUAGAGAAUGGUUACCAUUACCAAUUUUUGAUUCCAAUGAUGUUACACUUCAUUCUUCAGAAAAGGAUGAAUCUGAAUUUUACCAAAAAGUACAAGUUUACGGAUUCGUUGAAAACUACUAUACACAAAUGUUGCUCUCAGUGCAAGACAUUGAAAAUUUAAAAUCAUCAUCUUCUAGUCUGUACGUUGGCUUACUGAAUCAAAUUGAGGUAGUUGAGUACUACGACUAUUUGACAACUAUCCAUACUUAUGAGAAGAAAGACAUUCUUUCUUCCCUAAAAUUCAUCGAUCGGACAUCUUUAUUUAUACGCUCAGAAAGAUGCAAUGCAAACAAUGUUAUUAAUUCAGCAACAUGUUCGAAUUUCAAUUUUCAUUGGAUAUCUGUUACUGAUAAUAUUGAAGCAUUUCUACAACCUGAAAGAGGAUCGAGUUGGAUCUUAUUGCAACAGUUUGCCCACUACUACAACAGGAAGGAAACGGAUGUUAGUUUUGGAGAAACGUACAAUUUGUGGAAUGAUAUGUUUGCAAUCAUGUAUCAACAAAGGUUCAGAAAACAAAAUAAUCGCGUUAAUACAGACGUGCCAUAUAAGUUAAAUGAUAUUUUUAGUUAUCAAUAUGGAAAACUCUUCCCACAGUGGAAUUAUGAAGAAAAGUUAAGUUUAUUUAUAAGUCUCUUUGGCUAUGAUGGAACUGACACGAAUUUAAGGGAAUUUCGAAUUCGACAUAUGCCUAACAAUCAGGUUGUAACUUCUGAUUUCCCGAAUAAUAUAGUACCUACUAUUCUGGAAAUAUUUUUUGAUCUGUACGAUAUAAAUUUAUUACCAUUUUUGAAGAAAGUGAUCAAUUUUGAUGAACACAGUUUAUUGAAUUACGAUUUUGAAUUACUACUUGCGACCGGAAAGAAUGUAAUGCCUGCCGUUGAUUCUCGUAUUAAGCCAACCGAUUUAAGUAUCAGAAGUGAGGAACGCGAUUUGAGAGAAAUUUCUCCUCUGAUGUUGAUGACAGAGAUGGAAAUUAAUUAUGUAAAAGUUGCAUUUAAAAUAAUAUCUCCAAUUGAUCUCACGAACUGUUGUCUGUAUUUAAAUAACAAAUGUCACACUAUUUAUUUUUGGAUGAUGCAUUUGGAAUUGCCGGCAGGUGUUUACUCUGUUUAUAUAGCAGAGAAGAAAGGUGAAAAUGUUUACGCUAGUGUCAUAACAUAUCAUUCUAUUAAAAACUAUUCGUAUAUUAAGGUUGAUGUGAGAAAUAUUCCAGAGGAUAUAGCUUCGCCCUUGAUUCACUACUCUUUUGAUGUCUUAGAUGUUAAUGACAACGUAUUUCUAAACAUAUUUAUAAGAUACUCUGACAUGACGCUCAGAAUAAAACAAUUGCAUAAUGAAAUCUCCGGUAAUUCGACAAACGAUGAUGAAUACUUUUCGAUAAACUUGAAGCGAAAUGGUUCGUCCAUUAUGAAAUACAGUUGCAGCCAUUAUUCACUGCACCAGACAUUUUCUCCAGUUUUGCAAGUCAUUAAAAUCAACGAUGAAAUUACUAUUUACAACCAAGAUGCAGAUCGUUUAAAAUUAAAUUUAGAGUGGGAGGAUCAAGUAGCAGAGAACAGUUAUACUUUUCUAGUUACAAAUGUCGGUUUGAAUCCAAUCAUUCCAGAAUCAAAAGUACAAUCUGAGUCUGAUGUUAAAAAAGCUGUAAAUUAUUUUAAUAGUCCCACAACUGCAUUGCAAUAUGCUUUUGAUGCUCUAGGUUUUGGUGACGAACUCUUCUUGAUAAUUCUUAUCGACUACAUUGAUUCAACAAUAACUUUGAAACAAAUCAAACAUAACAUUCAUGGAGUUUUUUGGAAUGAACUUUAUUUUUCGAUAAGUUUAGAAAGAGAUGGUGAUGUUAUUUUUAAACAUGAAUUUUCAGGCGAUACGGAGAAGAAUAAAAGUCUGUUAAAUAAAGUUCACAAAUUCUCUCCGGGUGACAAAAUUAAUUGCUACCACCGAGAACCAAGAAGACUGAAAUUCAAUUUACCCGAAUAUAAUAGUGUAGAAGAGAAGAAUUCAUUUGUUUUGACAACUGACGGUUUAUAUUCUUUAAGCAAAAAUUCAGUUUACGAUAUGAAGGAAAAUAAAAUUGCUUAUAAAGGUACACGACGACAUGUUAUUGAUGCUUUAGGAUUUGAUGACGAACUGUUCUUUAUAAUAUAUAUAAAUUUCGAUGAUUCGACAAUAACUUUAAAACAAAACAAGCGUGAUAUUCAUCAUCGUUUUUCGAAUGAACUAUAUUUUUUGAUAAGUUUAGAAAGAAAUGGUAAUGUUAUUAUUAAACAUGAAUUUUCAGGCAUCACUGAGAACAAUAAAAGUCUUAUAGAUGAAGUUCACAAAUUCUUCCCGGGCGACAUAAUUUACUUCUAUCAUUCAGAACCAAGCAGACUGAAGUUUAAUUUACCUGGAUAUCAUAGUCUAGGAAACUCUAACUAUUUUCUUUUGAAAAACGAUGGUUUAUACAAUAUCCGGAAUGAGACGAGUAAUAUUUUGGGUGAAAAAGCACAUACACCCGAACUGCAAUAUACUUUCGAUGCUUUAGGAUAUGGUAACGUAUUGUUCUUAAAGAUAUUUAUAAAUUACGUUGAUUUGACAAUAAUUAUAAAACAAAUUAAGGACAACAUUCAUGGUGCUCUUUAUAAUAAAUUAUAUUUUUCUGUCCGAGUUGAAAGAGAUUGUUCGACCAUUUUUAAACACAAAUUUAUCAGCGACGACAGAACUAAAAAUCUUGUCAAUGCUACUAUUAAAUUUAAGUUUGGUGAUAAAAUACAUUUCUUCCAUGAAGAACCAAGUCGUUUUAGAAUAAAUUUUAAAGAACACCACAAUAGUAAGUUAAAUAAUCUCACUUUUGUUUUGAGAAAAUCCGGUUUGCGUAAAAUCAACGACGUUGAUUCAUUUGUUGCUGCCGAUAUACAAAGAAUUAUUAAAUUCAACAAAGAUUACAAUAUUGACUUGAGCUACAAUGAAAUGUAUCAAAUUUUUUUUGCACAUUAUUUCCGUUUGCUGCGUUCUAAUAAUCUACAAUCUUAUAUCAAUAAUUAUUGCGACUCCACAUAUUGAAUAAACUAAUUGUUAAUUGUACUAUACUCCAACAAUAAGUCCCGCAAUUGUAUUAUUUGUGUGCAUAGAAUUAAAGUUUUUCUUCUAAAAUGUAUAUUAUUUUUAACAAUAGUUUAUAGCUACUUUCCUUUCUUACAGCCUUCAAAUGAAAGUGUUAUUUAUUUUUAUAUUCAUUUGCUUGAUUUCUACAAUUAUACUAUAUGUACUUUGUUUCUUGAAGGGCUUUUAGCCCUAUGGACUUAUUCUCAAUAAAUAAAUGAGUGAAAAAGUGAAUCUAUACAAAAAAGAUUGUUAACCUAAUGUUACACUGAAUUUUAUUUAUUAUUUAAUUUUUCUGAAAUAAAAUGUUGAUCAAUAGGGGAAGAGGUUCGGUUGUGGGCAUGGUUCUGUUGUGGACACCCCCGCAGAACUUUUGACAGAAAUGAGUUUUGUCAAAUGUGAUAAAUAUCACGUGUUUGUGUAUAAAUAAACAAUGUUUCUAUUAAUUUUCAUGUUUUUUUAUUGCACAUAAUUAUGAAAAUUUUCAUAGAGAACGUAGAAUAUUCAUAUAUUGUCUUAAGAGUCCUUGAUAAUAUGGAUUAUUCUUCAAAUCAUACAUAUAUUUCGAAUUAAUUUUGUCAAUUUUAUUGAUUAAUAAUGAAAUCAUUUUUGGCUCCUUGUCAGCAACAUUGUGUAAACCAGCAUUUGUCAAUAGAAAAGUGUUAUUUUGUCAAACCAUUGUAACCCUCUAAAUUAAACUUCAUAUUUUCUGGUUUUGCAUGGUUGAUGUGAAUUUUAUCGUUGAUAUUGAAAUUAUAUUCACGUACCACAGGUAAUAAAUAAAUUGAAAUAAAUUUAAUAAAAAAGAAAAAUCAAAGAAACUUUCAAACCACUCGAGUGGUUUGAUUUGAUUAAUAACCGAAAGUGAACCCAGCUGGGUGCACUUUUGGUUCUUUUAUAAAAUACUUAUUAAUUUGAGUAGAAAAGUACGAAACAUGCAUAAAUAUGAUGAAAUAGUUAGAUAUAGAGUAGAUUUAUACAAUAAUUAUAAUAAAUAAAGUAAUAAAUAAUAAAUAAUAAUUAUAAAAGUGUAGUGAUGCGUGUGACUUUUUUUUCUUCUCUAUUUUAGCCAAUUUUUAAAGUGAAGAAAUAUAAAUCAACAGAGAAGACCCUUAAUAUUAAUAAAGAAUUGUUAAAUAAGUCAAUUUUCGUUGAUUAUAACACUAAUUUAUUAAUAAUUAUUAAAAUUCUAAUUAAAUGUAAAUAGUGUGGGUAACUAUAAAAAUUACACAACGAAGCAGAUUUCCCCUGGCAGCGUUCGACCCAAUAUGCUAAAGUGCGUGCUGUUUAGAAUACUACUGAUAUAUCGCCGCGCAUUUUUCACGACAAAUGGUGAGGCUGACAUUCGAACUCUUAUUUUCAAAAAGCAAUUAUUAUAUUUGUUGUUUGUUGGUUUAGUUAAACAAAAUGGAGGAAAGAAUAAUAUUUUAAAAAUAAAACAUAAUCCUGUGGGGACCAACCUUUAGAGUUAAAGUAGUGCGCGUGCGCCAACCGCACGGAAAGGAAAAGAAGACUGUAGAGAUGAGGAGAGUCAGAUUGGUUUUGACUACCGGCAAACUGAGCAGUGAUCUAAAUAUCGCUCUGUAAAUUCUUUAGUAAUAUACUGUUGUUAAAUUGUUGAA